UCAAAUUUUAUGAUCAAACAUAAUUUUUGAAUAAAAAAAAAUAUUGUUGAUGAAACGUCACUCAAAAUUAAAAGUCUCUAUCAUGGGGGGACCUGCACACAUUGUUGUGUUGCCAAUUUUAUAGCCCCUCCUCUAUGGCUGGUUGGAAAUAGUGCUCUCAAUGUCAAAUCGAAGAUGACACGAGUAAAAUGAGGUAUUUCCUAGUGGAUGGCCAUAAUAUUUUACAAGUGAUUGUGAACCUCAUUUGCCACUUUAAAUAUAAUAAAUUUCAACAUUAUUAAUACAUUUUAUUCAAUGUACCUUUCAUCACAUGUAACUCUUUUUCAUUGACGCAAGAUUAUUUAGGUCAUAUUUAUUUAUAUUUAAUGAAGGUUUUAACUUUUAUAAUUUAGAUCUAUAAUUAAAUUUAUUUGUUUUUUAUUUUAAAAUUAUAAUAAUUCAAAUCUUAAUUAUUAAAUAUGUUUUUUUUAUGUCACAAUCAUUUAAUUGGUAUGAGCCUGUAAGGACAUACACUAUUUCAGCUGAUCGAAAAUAUGAUCUUACAUAAAAAGACAUGGAGGUCAAAGGAGAUUAGGUACUUUAGUAUUUUUAUACUACUAGUAAUAUGAUUAAGGUGUCACUAAUGUCUUUUUCUUCGUUGUGUAUUCAUAUUUGUUUCUGCAAGUAUUUUGUUCAUUGUUUUUUUUAGAUGAUAGCCUAAAAGGGGCAGCCCGGUGCACUAAAGCUUCUGCUAUGCGCAAGGUUCGGAGGAAGGCCCGACCACAAAGAUUGGAGUUCCAUCAAGCUCUUGGGUGGUGGUGGAGUUGUCUUCCGCUCAUCAUCUUAAAUCUUGCUGCCCGGAAAGAGUUUUGUGUUAAUAUGCUAUUCUGAUGACUGUUGUUGGAGAAUAAAAGCAUCGUGUUGGAAAAAAUCAGAUAUAUUCAAAGUGAGAUAUAUCAAUAGUGAACAUUCAUGUGCAUUAAGAGAUAGGAUUUUCAACAAAGUUCAUGGUACAAAGGCUUUUUUAAGUGCAUUCACGGCACCUAAAUUGGUUAAUCAUAAAAGAAUUCAUACCCCAAUGAUAUACAAAAGGAUAUUAAAGCAACGUAUGGAAUUGAUAUUACCUAUCAACAAGCAUAGCGUGCAAAAUAACAUGCUUUGGAGAUGUUAAGGGGGAAACCUGCUGAUGGAUAUAGACAGCUGCCUGUAUACAUACAUAUGCUAAAAACCGUAUAUCCAAAUUUGUACAUAAGUAUGCACAAGUCACCAACUGAUGAGUUCAUGUAUCUAUUCAUAGCAUUAAGACCAUUGAUGAGGGGGUUUCAGUUUUGUCGAUCUGUAGUUGUUGUUGACGGUGCUCAUCUUGAUGGACCUUAUAAAGGUACAUUUGUAUCAGCUAGCACACUUGAUGGGGCAGGUUGCAUAUUGCCAUUGGCGUAUGGUGUUGUAGAUACAGAAAAUGAUUCAUCAUGAACGUGGUUUUUUCAGAACUUCAAAAAUGCAUUUGGUGAGAAGGACAAUAUGUAUGUUGUAUCAGAUAGGAACGAAAGCAUAAUCAAGAGUGUAAACAUGGUAUUUUCCAAUGUCUCUCACUUUGCAUGCAUAUGGCAUAUAUCAAAAAAUGUGUGUACUAACUACAAGAGGAGCAAAGCUGUACUAAGUGACAUCUUCUACUCGAUGGCAAAGGCAUACCGAAAAGAUGAAUUCAAAAAAUUAAUGGCAAAAGUUGAAAAAAUUAAUCACCGGAUGACACAAUAUUUGAAAAAUGUGGGUUACGAAAAGUGGUCGAGAGUUUAUGCAACUGUCAACAGGGGGAGAAUGAUGACUUCUAACAUCGCAGAAUGUAUCAAUGGAUGUCUUGUUGAAGCACAAGAGCUGCCUAUAAUUGAUUUUUUAAAGCAAACGAGAAUGUUAUUUGGUGCUUGGAACUGCAAAAAUAGGGAAAUAACAGCUUAUACAAAAUAUACUUUGGGUAGGAAAUUCGAAGAUAUCCUAGUAUCAAACACAAUGAAGUGUUCGAGAAUGAAGGUUGUUGCUUCAUCAAAAUAUUUUUAUUCUGUUUAUGAGUCGGGUGUAAGAUACAUUGUGUGUCUUGAAAGAAAAACAUGCAAUUGUGGCAGGUUUCAACUAGAUGAGAUACCAUCUCCACACGCAAUUGCAGUGUUGAAGAGCAAGAACAUUACAGACAUGCACCCAUACUUUUCUGAUUACUACAAGCCAGAGGCGUUGGCAAAUACAUAUGAAUUGCAAAUGGUUCUAAUGCCAGAUAAGAAAGAUUGGUCUAUUCCAAAAGAAAUUUUGGAAGAGAUCAUCUUGCCACCAAGAUACAAAAGGAUGCCAGGAAGACCAAAGAAAGGAAGAAAAAAGUACUCUAGUGAGAAGAUAAGAACGAGCAUAAAUUCUUGUAGUCGUUGUGGCCAUGAAGGCCACAACAGAAAGACUUGUAAUUUCAUGCCCAAAGAGAAAUGAUAUUUUGUUAUCCCAGGAUACAUUCUAUUUGUACUUACAUCUACAUAUUUUUUUC